AUGGACACCGUCUUCAGCAUCACCGAACUAGUCGAAUACAUCCUUCUCCGCUUCGACAUAUUCGACCUGAUGCGCGCCCAGCUGGUCUGCCGGCAAUGGCGCACGCUAAUCACCACGCGCGGCCCGCUCCGAACAGCCCUAUUCUACGACUUCCCCCACCCGUACCCCACCGAACCAACCUUCAACCCACUCAUCCGAUACCUCCUCCCAGUGAUAUACCCCGCCCCAGACACUACCAAACACACCUCCCCAAUCUUCAUGCCUGAAGACAUCCAGACCAUCCGCCUCGGCAACGACACAGCCUACCACAAGGCCGUCUUCCGCCCCGAAGCCUCCUGGCGACGCAUGAGACCCAUGAAUAUCCCGUGCCGGGUGCGCAAAGUAGUCAGUUUGACCGUUGAGGGUGAUCAGGAUCCAGCGAAGAACUUGAUGGUGUAUGAUAAAGAGGCUGGGCAGGAUCCAGUGCUCGGGGCGACGAUGGAUCUCGUGUGGGAUGUGCUGUUGCAUGUUCUGGGGAGGUGGCCGACGAAUGGGAUGGCGGUGGAGUGGAGGCCUGUUAGGGAGGGGAGCGGGGAGUGGGAUAAUAAUUGGACGGACGGGGUGAGUGAUGAGGAGAAGGAGAGGUUGAGGGCGCCGUACGAGUGCUCGGUUGUUUCGUCGACUCCGGAUCCCCUGUUUGGGAAGUGUGAUUGGGAGAAGUUCACGUUCGUGAGGGUGAAGCCGCCGGUUAGGAUGAAGACUAUGGCGAGGGAGUAUCUGGGUAUGAAGAACCAGUGGGCGUUGGAUAAGUUUGAUUCGAAGAUUUGGGGUCCGGAUUUGCCUCCGAAGUUUGCGCAUAGAGGGGAUUGGAAGUGGGUUAAUGAUGAUGGGACUGAUGGUGUGCCGUGGGAUCAAGGAGAGGGUGAACAGCAGAAUGAGGAUGAUGGAAUACGGCCUGUUGAGGAUGAAAAUGAUAGCGGUACGGAGUGGUCUUGGGACGAGGUUAAGGAGUAUUUUGAUAGGCCGGAUUGCUACUGGGUGCCUUAUUAUAGGCCGGCUUGA